UAAAAUAAAAAAACACCAACAUCUCUCUAGCACAUCUCUCAACGGCUCAAGAACAAGUCUUGGACUCCCAGCAAAGUCCAGGUUCCCCCUUAAUCUCUCUUCCUUACUUCAUCUUGACUUGGAUCAGAUUUUUUACGACAAGAGUUCAUAUUAUUUUUGAGGAUCCUGAGGUGAAGGGAAACGAUAAUUUUAAGGAUGAGUAGUCAGAGAGGCUUGAUAUAUAGUUUCGUGGCAAAGGGAAAUGUGGUUUUAGCAGAGCACACUUCAUAUUCAGGGAACUUCAGUACCGUUGCUGUUCAGUGUUUACAGAAGCUCCCUUCCAAUAGCAGCAAGUACACGUACUCUUGUGAUGGGCACACGUUUAACUUCCUCAUUGAUAAUGGAUUUGUUUUUCUUGCUGUUGCAGAUGAAUCGGCUGGGAGGGGUUUGCCUUUUGUAUUUCUUGAACGAGUGAAGGAUGAUUUUAAACAGCGGUAUAGCGCCAGUAUUAAAAAUGAGGCACACCCACUAGCUGAUGACGAUGAUGAUGACGACUUGUUUGAAGACCGAUUUAGCGUCGCCUACAAUCUUGACAGGGAGUUUGGGCCAAGACUAAAGGAGCAUAUGCAGUACUGCUUGAACCACCCAGAAGAGAUCAGUAAGCUAUCCAAGUUAAAGGCUCAGAUCACGGAGGUCAAGGGUAUUAUGAUGGACAACAUUGAAAAGGUUUUGGACCGUGGAGAGAGGAUUGAACUUCUGGUAGAUAAAACAGAAAACCUCCAGUUCCAGGCUGACAGCUUCCAGAGGCAAGGAAGGCAAUUGCGACGGAAGAUGUGGCUUCAGAAUCUCCAAAUGAAGUUGAUGGUGGGAGGAGGAGUCCUUGUCGUAAUUCUGAUCCUGUGGUUUGUUGCUUGUGGAGGUUUCAAAUGUUAGACUGCUAGGGUAGCAAGAUGGCUAAUGUAGUAGCAUUUGCAGUUUGCUUUAUAUUCUGUUGUACAGUGGUGAUUGAAUAUGGAGACUACUCCCGGAAUUUAGAUCUACCCUUUCAACAUUGUAAUUAAAUAUCUGCACUUGAUAAUCGUUCUGUAUUUCUGUUGAUAUCACUUCUUUCUGUAGAAGUUGUGGCCUAACUGAAUGAAUAAUUCUUUGAACUUAAA